AGUUCUUGUCAUUUUUCGCGCCAACCGCCAAAUGAAAACUAACCUGUCGUGUGUGUGCUUUGUUUGCCCCGCGUUUGUGUUUAUAUAGUGAAAGUAACGAAUUAACUUGUACUGUGAUAAUUGUGAAUCAAAGAAAUGUCGACUCCAUCUAAGCGUCCAUCGUCGCAGGCGUCGUCGGAUGCUUCAACACCGUCGCGCCGGACCCGCUCAUCGCAACAGUUUGUUGUGCCCGAAACUCCACAGCAUUCUUCCGGCACCCCAUCAAAAAAUGGCACCCCCGGUACUCCGCGCCAGACUCCUCAGACGCCGGGUACGCCAGGAGGGCGGAGGACACCGCGCACACCUCGGGAGGCGCCAGGCACCUCACCCGCUCGAACUAUGGCUUCCAGUCCACUUGGUACUGACAUAGACAUGAGCUCUCCCCUCAACUAUGGCACACCCAGCUCACUGAGCACCCCUCGCUCCAAUUUGAGGGGUGCCAUGACUCCUGCUAGACAGAGAGCUGAUCUGAAGAGUAACCAGCAUGGCCGCAGUGUGCCUGCUCCUACACCUACUAGAAGGGUAGACGACACAGGCACAGAGGCGCCUUCCAGCGAGCCCCAGCUAGUAGUGUGGGGCACAGACGUGGCCAUCGCGGAGUGUCGCGACAAGUUCAUCAAGUUCAUACAGAGGUUCGUGGAGCAGGACGCCGUCACCAAUGAGCCGCUAUAUGAACAGAAGCUGGAAGAGAUCAACACUCUGGAAGAACCAUUCCUGGAUGUGGACUGUGAACACAUAAAGACAUUCGAUGCUAAACUACAUCGUCAACUUGUCUGCUAUCCACAAGAGGUGGUGCCAGCAUUCGACGCGGCAGUGAACGAGUUGUUCUUCGAGCGCUACCCGGCGGCCGUGCUCGAGCAUCAGAUACAAGUGCGGCCUUUUAAUGCCCCGCAGCGACACAUGAGAGAUUUGAACCCUGAAGACAUCGACCAACUAGUAACACUCUGCGGCAUGGUGAUCCGAACCUCAAGCAUAGUCCCAGAGAUGCGGGAAGCCUUCUUCCGUUGCGCGGUGUGCGGGGCGGCGGCCACCGCGGAGCUGGAGCGAGGCCGCGUGCCCGAGCCCGCGCACUGCUCGCACUGUAACACGGCGCAUUCGUAUAAUCUGAUACAUAAUAGAUCGCAUUUCAGUGAUAAACAACUGGUUAAGCUGCAGGAGUCGCCUGACGACAUGCCCGCGGGUCGGACACCAGCCACAGUGAGCGUGCUAGCACACGGAGCCCUGGUCGAGGGCGUCGCCGCCGGCGAGCGCGUGGCCGUCACCGGCGUGUUCCGCGCAGCCCCGGCCACCGUGCACCCGCGCAAGGCCACGCUCAAGGCGUUACACCGCACUCAUAUUGAUGCUCUGCAUUAUAGGAAGGUGCAUAGUGAUCGAUUGUUGGAGACUGAGGAAGGCAAAGAACAUCGUUUCCCACCGGAACGCGUAGAACUAUUCAAAGAAUUGGCAGCUCAGCCGGACUGCUACGAGCGUCUCGCGCGAGCCAUCGCUCCUUCUAUCUACGAGAACUUGGACAUUAAGAAGGGAUGUCUGCUGCAACUGCUGGGCGGCACUAAGAAGAAUUUUAAUGCCGCUGGACGGACACAUUUCAGAUCUGAGAUCAACAUCCUCCUCUGCGGCGACCCAGGCACGAGCAAGUCGCAGCUGCUGCGCUGGGUGCACGCGCUGGUGCCCCGCGCGCAGUACACGUCGGGCCGCGGCUCCUCCGCCGUCGGCCUGACGGCUUACGUCACCAAGGACCCCGAUACUAGGCAGCUUGUGUUGCAGACUGGAGCGCUGGUAUUAGCAGACAAUGGUAUUUGCUGUAUUGAUGAGUUCGACAAAAUGAAUGACUCCACCCGCAGCGUGUUACAUGAAGUAAUGGAACAACAAACGCUAUCUAUAGCGAAGGCGGGUAUCAUCUGUCAGCUGAACGCCCGCACCUCCAUACUGGCCGCCGCCAACCCGGCUGAAUCGCAGUGGAAUAAGAACAAGACGAUUGUGGAAAAUGUACAACUACCACACACUUUGAUGUCCAGGUUCGACCUAAUAUUCUUGAUAUUGGACCCACAAGACGAGGUGUUCGACCGGCGCUUGGCUUCACAUCUCGUCUCACUCUACUACAAAGACUUCACUAAUUCACAGGACGAUGCAGAUAUGGUGGACAUGUCUCUGAUGCGCGACUACAUAGCGUUCGCGAAGGAGCACGUGCAGCCCGCGCUCAGCGAGACCGCGCAGCAGCGGCUCAUCGACUCAUACGUCGAUAUGAGACGUGUAGGUAGCGGGCGUGGUCAGAUCUCGGCGUACCCGCGACAGCUGGAGUCGCUCAUCCGCCUCGCCGAGGCACACGCGAGGCUGCGCCUGUCGCCUGUCGUCGAAGUUGCUGAUGUUGAUGAAGCUUCCAGACUCCACCGCGAAGCUCUAAAACAAUCAGCAACCGACCCCGCCUCAGGUCGCAUCGACGUGGGCAUCCUCACGACCGGGCUCGGCGCCGCCGCACGCAAGCGCCGCGCGGAGCUCGUCACCGCGCUCAAGCAGCUCAUACAGCCUUACUCUAAGCCACAUACUAUCACGCAUUCCAAGCUGCUGCAGGAGAUUAAUGCUAAUUCGCAAGUUAUUGUAUCCCGGGAACAACUGGACGAGGCGCUGCGCGACCUGCAAGAUGAAGGGAAGGUGACCGUCGUCAGCCACACACAUCUGAGACUCUGUUGAUCUGAUUAUACUGUGUUGAUUUUAUUAUAGUAAUCGUUCCCAUCUAUUUUUGUACUCAGUUUAAGUUUAAAUAUAAGCCAUGUUUUUUUCGUAA